UGGCACCUCCAGUUGCAAAACCUCAGGAUCCGGCCAGAGCUCUGUAACGGAUCCUGUUUGGACCAGAGGUACCACUGUAUUAAGGUGAUUAAUGGAUUUGAGAUUGAAUGGAAAACAAAACAAAGGGGAGACAUUGGCAACUGGGAGGGGGGGAGUCAAGAAGUGGUAAAUAAUUAAUUAGCUUUAAUUUGUGUUAUGCUGAAAAUUUCGAAUAGGUUUUUUUUUAUAAAAAAGACAGUUCUAGCAUCCACCCAAACAGGGAAUAAUUAGGGGGUAAGCAAAUCUGUCAGUUUCAUUUUCUCUCCAGUUCUCAUUUUUAAAUCCAAUCUUAAAUUCACCUCCACAGCAGUUUCAUUUUUUAAAAAGUCUCCAUGAAAAUUCAUCAGCAUUUUGUGUGAAUUUCUCCUAAUACAUACAUGUUUUAUGCCAUUUUGCCCAACGCAUACUUUUUUUUGCAAAGCAAUUUGCCCUUCUUUAAUGCCAGUUUAAUGUGAUUCUCAAUCAUAUGUGCAUUUAUUUAUUUAUUUUAAUUUUUUUACAUAUGCAUUUAUAAGCACAUUUUACUCCAGCACAUGCAUUCUUGCACACAUUGCCUGGCAGCAGAACUGCACUGAAAAAUUCACCAAAGUGCGAAUUUUACGGUUGGCCAUUUUUCAAUAGGCAGAAUGUUCCAGAAAGUGUGAAUUAAGUAUGUUGACCAUUAAGUGUGAAUUGAAUCAAAUUUCUUCCCCAUUCCCAGUAACAGUAUUGUUUAAAUCAAUCAAGAAGUGAUGAUGAUGAUGAUUUGCAGGAUUCACACACCCAGGAGAAAUAUUCAGAAGGAUUCAGGAAGUAGUGUUAUCUUUACUGGUUAACAGAGAGACUUCAAACCACGAUGAGGUCAACUGUGUCUUGAUCCUCAGUGCAUUUGUUCUUCUUAAUCCCUACCCUCCAUCUCAGUGAUCCACACAUUGUCUGCCUGUUCAAUCCAGCUGCAUGUGAUCAGUACUAACCUUUUACCAGCAGCUGGCUAGGCUGGGUAUAAAGAGCCCAAGGGGAAAUGUUCGGUUCUACAGGAAACCGAAUUCACCGCUCUGACAGACCCCCGGGUGAUUUGGAGGCAUUUCUGAGUAGUGCUGGCUGAGAAGAUCGCGUAAGUUGGUGCAGAAAUCGUUCUGGGUGAUAAAAUUGUGGUCCUUAGCUUGUGUCAGGGAGUGAGGCUGAGUUUGUCGCCAAAGGAAACAUUGGUUGCAACCCAGCUAGACUUACACCGUGUAGGCUAGGGGUGGGGAAGCUGCCAACCUAUGGAUACUAUUGGACUUCAAACCCCAUCAGUGCCAGCCAGCAUGCCGAGUGGUCAGGGAUGAUGGGAUUUGUAGUCCACAACAUCUGAAGGGCCACAGGCUCGCUCUUCUUGCUGCGAAGGGAGAAUGGAGGGGCCCUUGCUGUGACAAUUUACAGGUCAAACUACGUGAGGCGGCGUCAGCCCUGUUUGUUUCCUCGUGCGCAUUUGUGACGCAGAAGAUGGAGAGCAGAGAUUUUGUGUUUGGCAUAAAAAUAAACACGAACGUUUGCAGGGACCCUUCCCAGCACCACCUCCCUAUGGGCCAGUGCCUGCUUUCUCCCCCAUCCUAGCUCCAGUAUCAACUAGGCUAUAAAGAAGGGGAGAAUGGGGAGGCUCAGUUCCCUUCAGCUGCAUGUGUGUUAUUUGCCCUUAAAAGCACUUUUUUAUAUAUACAUUUUAAUUAUUUUUUUAACAUAUCGUUUCCAACAAUCAUUUAACAUAAAGUCUUAUGCAAUAUUUUAGACUUCCAUCAACUACCUCUGAAGAUUUUCCAUUCUUUAUCACUUAAUCUGCAUUUCUUAAUUUCUCUAUUACUUUUGAUUGUCCUUAACUGAUAAAUCUCUUCAUAGUCUUCCUUGCAAUAUUUCGCAUAGUCCUCCUUACAAAACUUCUUGCAGUCCUACUGGCGUAAUCUGUUUAUUACCAUUGCUUUUCAAAUAGUUCAAAUAUUUACUCCAGUCCUCUAAGAAUCUCUGGUGCCGCAGGUUUCGAAUCCUUCCUGUCAGUUUGUCUAAUUCUGCAUAGUCCAUUAAUUUCAUCUGCCAUUCUUCUUUCGUCGGUAAUCCUUUCCAUUUCUGUGCCAAUAAUAUUCUUGCUGCGGUUGUGGCAUACAAAAACAAUUCACAAUCCUGUAUAUUAAUAUAAAAGCACCUUUCUCAGCUUUGUAAAUGUGAAGAAUAUUCACUGACUGGAAGCAGAGAUCAUCCUUUCCUAUCACUGAACACCCGUUAUGCUGGCUGGGGCUUAUGGUAGCUGGCGCUGAAAAGCUUCUAGAGGGGGGCACAGGAUACCCAGACUCUGUGCUCCCCCCAAACUAAAAAAAAAAAAGAUUCUAACAGUAUGUGCUUUGCAGUCAUGACACACAAGAAGGUCUGAAGUGUGUGACUGUGUGUUGUGUGUGAGAGAGAGAGAAUAAGGCACCCCGCUGCAUGUAUUCACGACUGUCCCUCAGAGGAAAGGGGGGUCUCAUGUGGCACUGAUUCCCUUCCACACAGCAGAAUCACCCAGAAAGUAAACCUCUAUUGCUGAGCCUCUGACUAACUGAGCAAAAGGGUAAGGAAUGUGUGAGACCCCUGAGGCACUAGUUCCUUGUUACAAUGGUAACAAUACCUGAGUUUUGCGGGGGGGGUGGUUUUUUACUUGUUUGAAAGAAGUUAUUUCCCCUUCCACAUUUAGUGCUUCUUCUGUUACAAAAUGGUAAAUAAAUAAAUAAUGGUAAACCCUUUUGGUCUCCAGGACUGUUCCUUUCUUUCUUUCUUUCUUUCUUUCUUUCUUAAAAUUACCUGUUAUGUCCCAGAGCUGAGUCUUGCCAAUGAAACCCACCUGUGGGUUUGUUCUAGUCCAUGCAGAGCAAGAAUUUGUGUGUGUGUGCGUGUGUGUGUGUGUGUGUGAGAGAGAGAGAGAGAGAGAGAGAGAAUAAGAAAUUGCUAAAAGAGCACCUUUAAGAUGAUCACUUGGUGUAAUGUUGAAAACACAGUCCUUGUGCCUUUCAAAAAGUGGGAAUUCCGGCGUGUUUGACUUUGCUUUUCCCUGCCACCAAGCUAUGCCUGAUACACACCCUGCUUUGAUAGAGAACCCUUAAAACAUAUGAGAGACUUUGCCCUCUUUUGCAUAUGGGUGCACUAAAAACAUUCCUGAACAGAAAUUGAAGGCUAUCGCAAUCUCUCUCACACACAGUUUCUGCUUCAUGACAGGCUAGCUAUUGUUCUCUGUUGCCAUCUAGUGUCAACUGCACCGACCUAGCCUACUUUUGCGGUGGGUGUCUUGAGACUGGGGCAAAGCAGCUCUCUCACAUUGGUACUGUACAGCUAGAUGCGACCAUUUGACUUAAACCCCACACAGCAGCUGCCAGUCAGUGUGGACAGCGUUUAGCUAGAUGGACCAAUGGUCUGUGUUUGAUGGUAAACAACACUUCUUAUGGUAUUGUUCAGUGCUUUUUUUCUUAAAAAAAUGUUUAGGGGGUACUCUCAUUUUGACUCAAGAAAAUCACCAUUUUACAGUUCAGAUCAGGAAAGAUGAAUACAGUAAAUGGACAAAAGUACAAAGAUUCACAAAAUGUUUAGGGGUAUGCAUAUCCCUGUGUCCCCAUCCCCCCCCCCGAAUAAAACCACUUGUAUUGUUCACUGCAAAAAUCAAGUAAAAAAAGUUUUAAAAAACUCCAUGUGGUGUUUCGAUUUUUCAAUUUUUUUCUGUUUUGUUUUCCUGUCAAUCAUGCUUCUUUAAAUACUAUUUUUUUUUAUCUUGACCUUCAUUUGCAAUGCUUAUUUGUUUUACGAUACACUGCAACACAUUUUUUUAAAACAUACAGUGGUACCUCGGGUUACAUACGCUUCAGGUUACAUACGCUUCAGGUUACAGACUCCGCUAACCCAGAAAUAGUGCUUCAGGUUAAGAACUUUGCUUCAGGAUAAGAACAGAAAUCGUGCUCCACCAGCGCGGCGGCAGCGGGAGGCCCCAUUAGCUAUAAAAUGGUGCUUCAGGUUAAGAACAGUUUCAGGUUAAGAACGGACCUCCGGAACGAAUUAAGUACUUAACCCGAGGUACCACUGUAAAGUGAUGCGAAAUAACCAUUUCACUUGCUUCCUUUCGAUGGCUGCAGGUUCGUCGGAAAUCAGCAGCAACAAUGAUCUCCCUGAGAGGAAACGAAGCGCUAUUGCUGCUCCUGUUGGCUUCCUGCCUGAUCGUAAGCCGCGUCUCCUCGCAGAAUCCUCGGCACGAGAAGUUCCUGAGGCAGCACAGCGACUUCCCCCGGACCAAUGUGGCCGGGCAGGAUUACUGUGGGGCCAUGAUGCUGCGCCGGGGGAUGACAAGGCCUUGCAAAGACACCAACAGCUUUGUCCAUGCACCCAGGAGCGACAUAAAGGACAUCUGCAACAGAGGGGGAACCCAUUACCGCCGGGCCCUGAGGCUCAGCAGGGCACAGUUAUCCGUCACCACCUGCAAGCUGCAGGGAACUUCGCGGGGCCAGUGCCGCUACUGGGCCCACACGGGACAAAGGCAUAUUCUCAUAGGUUGCGAUGCAUCAGGGUGGCCUGUCCAUUUUGAAGAAAGCAAUUUCAUGUAGGGCAGGCUUGGCUUUUUCCACUUGCAGCAAGAGCACUAAACAGCUGUAAAAAUCUUUGAAAGCUGGUGUUCCACGGAGCUCACUCACAACAGAAUUGUCACUUGAAUCUCACUUACCCAAAGUUAACGUAUGUAUAGUGUGGUAAGAAUUCGCCUAUUAUUUCUUGGGAAAUACUUGUGUACAGCUGGAAACGUUGGCAGCAUUAAGAUGAAUUUAACAGUGUAAAUAAGUUUUGAUUGAUGCAGUGUUUUUUCUGGGGUACGCAUACCCCUAAACAUUUUUUGAAUCUAAGUUUGGCCUCAUUGAGGGGCAGUAUUUCAAUAUGAAUAGGAAAAUGAGAGUACCCCUAAACAUUUUUUUUUUUUUUAGAAAAAAAGCACCAGAUGGAUGUAAUAAUGGAAUGCUGAAUGGUUUAGUUUUUGUAAAAUAUGCAGGGAUUUAUGAUAUGUAAAAUGAACCAUAGAAAGAGAAGAAGGGAAGUCAUUGAUAUUUUAAGGAUGU